AUGUUAAAGAUGUGUGAGUCUAGAAUAAUUGCUAAAGUGUCAGGGAUGUUGAAGGCUUCUGAGACUGUGCUUAUGGAGAAGGUUGACUAUUCACAUCAAACAACAAAGCUACGUCUUAAAAAUCAAAGAUCUGAUGUUAAGAAGGUUAGAGAAGAUGUGAAUUCGAAAAUUCAAGAGCUUCAUGAAGAGAUGAACAAAGAAAUUAUAUCUGUUCAACAUGAUUAUGCGUCCUUACAUCAGAAGGUCGAUAUCAUAUGUGACGCAGUGACAAAAUUUGUUAAAAUGUAUGAAGGUUUGAGUCCACAAAUUGCUCAAAUCUCCAAAUCUGAAGCUGAAAAUUUUGAAGGAGUGAUGAAGCUGUUGAAAGAGUUGAAGGAGAUAUCCAUAAAACCAGUUUCGUCUCCCUUGAUUACUCCUAAAUUUUAG